AUGCUUGGAUACUCCAUCAAAAUCGUCAAAGAGAUCCCGCUUGAUCUGCUCGGACCACCACCACCAUUCAACCGGCUUUCUACCAAUCAAUGGAAUGAAUACGAUAUCUCCGAAAACGAGAGAAGCACGGGAAGAAUUAAUCUGAUGUUUAAAACAAUUGACCAUUUUGUGAAGGUGGAUUACAGAUUGGUAGUAAUAAUGGGAAAAUUAAAAUCAUUAUAUCAAGAUUAG